ACGCAAACCGAGUCUGGGCGAUAGGGGGACCCCCCCACCCACCUCGGCGCAGCUGGCUGGCGACCGCAAGCCCCACUUUCCGCGAGCCGGAAGAGGGACAGUGGAGCCGCGGGGUUGGAGGCACGGAGGGUGCCGUGGGCGUUGGCUUUCUGUGGUGCGGUGGCACAGAUCGCGGGUUGGCCUGGGUGCCCCUCGGCCAGAUUUGCCCCAGGAGCUUCCCGGGACUGCGACCAGAAACAAUCCAGAGGCUCUGGGCUCGAGUUCUUUUUGUUUGUUUUGUGGCUUCGGUUGCUGUUUUCUCACCUUAAGAGAGUACCUUGCUAUGCAUUAGAAAAUUCGGAAGGGGCUGUGGACGUUUGGGACGGCCGCGCGCGCUGUGGGUGCGCUCGGGGCGGAUAAAGCGGCGCAUUUGCGUCGCAGGGCCGCGGGCUGCCUGACUGCGGCUGCCGCCGGCAGAUUAUUUAUUGCGACCGCGCCGGGCGCUCGCUGCUGCCACGCUGUGGCCGUCGCCGGGACCGACGCCAGCCGCAGCCCCGCGUCGUGCAGCCUGGCGCGACUGCUGCGCGGGCCCCUCGGAGAUUCCCAAGCAGGCCGAGGAGAGGGGGGCAAGGGAGGACUCGAGGGGCGGCCUCCCAGGGCCUGUCGGGAACCUCCCCCGCCUUGGCCACCUCUGACAAGAGCUGGACGCCCGACUAGACUCGGGUCUUCCCCCACCCCCAGCGCCAUGGAGACUGGUUGCACAGGCGGCCUGGCACGUCAUGGCUGCUUCUGUCCAAACUGCGCGUCCCAAGGCGCCCCCCGGGGCGCACGCUGGUGCGGGGAAGGCGCCCGCUUCGGGAUUUUGAAAUCGGAAAGACCACUCCUGGUCCUGAGGCCUGCAGGCCUGGCUGGCCCUGAGGAGGACUGACUAUGGCAAGAAAGGCGGGCUUUGGCGUCAGGCGAGGGCCUGUGACAGGCAGAGGCCGCACCUGUGCGCUGUGGGCUCUGUCCUGGGCUACAGAUCCAGAGGCCCUCAAGGUCCCCCCAACACACCGGCAGGCCGCCCCCCAGGCUGGCGGAGGUCGAGUGGGCAGCCCAGGGAAAGGGCAGACUGUGGGGCCCUGCACGCUAUCCAGUCCCCUUUGAAGAGCAGCUGAAAGGCUACGUGUGCCGCCUGGUCAUUCAAAUUGUCAAUUUUAGGUCCAGAAGUGUCCAAACCACAAGUUCUCAAAACUCUCUGAAACAUGGCUCCCUCCGAGUUAAGAGCGCCCGGACACCGGAAAAGGCGAUUCCCCGAGUGCCCGGGGUUGGAGACAAUCACUGCCACAGUCUUAAACAUCUUUCGAGGUAAGCGCUGCGCUAACUCUUCACUCCGCGGGGCUUCGCACGGGCCUUUGGAAGGGGUUUACCCUUCCAGGGAGAGCAGCAGCCUCUGAAAGAGCUUCUGGUCAAUAUUUAACUUCGGAGGCAUUUUGGAGCUGGGUCCCCUUCAGCUGCACUCCCCGCGAAUGCGGGGCUUCAGGCAGACAAAGAGUCUGCUCCGGAAGCCCGCCCGCGUUGUGCAGAAGGGGCAGUUGCCGGGACCGAAGAUGUGUAUGCGUGGGGGUAGGGGGUGUCAACGGGGUUUGUUUCUUUCUUCGGGUAAACUCCAAACCAACCGCUGCACGGAGCAGCGGGGCAAAAGCAAGUAGAGGCCACGGGCGCGACGGCCCCUGCGUGGGCGUUCUCCUCCGUACACUGUUUGCGGCGCCUGCGGAGACUGUCUGCGCGGGGCGGCCAUUGGCGGCGGAGCGUCACGUGACCGCGGGGGCGUGCCAAUGUGCGCCCUCACGGGUGUCAAGCCCCUGUCAGAGUGUGCGAUCAAGAUUGUGAAACAACGCGAUGCAAAAAGCGACCUACUACGACAGCUCCGCGAUCUACGGUGGCUACCCCUACCAGGCAGCCAACGGGUUCGCUUAUAAUGCCAGUCAGCAGCCGUACCCGGCGUCCGCGGCACUGGGCGCUGAUGGCGAGUACCACCGACCCGCCUGUUCCCUCCAGUCGCCCACCAGCGGCGGGGGCCACCCCAAGGCGCACGAGCUGAGCGAGGCGUGUCUGCGCACCCUGAGCGGCCCGCCCAGUCAGCCCCCAGGCCUGGGCGAGCCACCUCUGGCCCCGCCGCCGCCCCAGGCCGCGCCCCCAGCUCCACAGCAGCCGCAACCCCCGCCGCAGCCCCCAGCACCGGCUCCUGCUGCGCCUCCUCCCCCCUCUUCAGUUUCCCCACCUCAGAAUGCCAGCAGCAACCCCACCCCUGCCAGCGCAGCCAAGAGCCCCCUACUCAACUCACCCACCGUGGCCAAACAAAUCUUCCCCUGGAUGAAAGAGUCUCGGCAAAACACAAAGCAGAAAACAAGCGGCUCCAGCUCAGGGGAGAGCUGCGCUGGCGACAAGAGCCCGCCUGGGCAGGCGUCGUCCAAACGGGCGCGCACCGCCUACACGAGCGCGCAGCUGGUAGAGCUGGAGAAGGAGUUCCACUUCAACCGCUACCUGUGCCGGCCGCGCCGGGUGGAGAUGGCCAACCUGCUGAACCUCACUGAGCGCCAGAUCAAGAUCUGGUUCCAGAAUCGGCGCAUGAAGUACAAGAAGGAUCAGAAGGGCAAGGGCAUGCUGACGUCAUCAGGGGGCCAGUCCCCAAGUCGCAGCCCCGUCCCCCCUGGCGCAGGCGGCUAUCUGAACUCUAUGCAUUCGCUGGUCAACAGCGUCCCGUAUGAGCCCCAGUCGCCCCCGCCUUUCUCCAAGCCUCCCCAGGGCUCCUAUGGGCUGCCCCCCGCCUCCUACCCCGCACCCCUGCCAAGCUGCGCGCCCCCACCGCCCCCACAGAAGCGCUACACCGCGGCGGGGGCAGGAGCGGGGGGUACACCCGACUAUGACCCACACGCGCAUGGCCUGCAGGGCAACGGCAGCUAUGGGACCCCACACUUACAGGGAAGCCCCGUCUUCGUGGGGGGCAGCUAUGUGGAGCCCAUGAGCAACUCUGGGCCUGCCCUUUUUGGCCUAACUCACCUCCCCCACGCCGCCUCUGCAGCCAUGGACUACGGGGGAGCUGGGCCGCUGGGCAGCGGCCACCAUCACGGGCCCGGGCCAGGGGAGCCGCACCCCACCUAUACGGACCUUACCGCCCACCAUCCUUCUCAGGGAAGAAUUCAGGAAGCCCCCAAGCUCACCCACCUGUGAUGGUGGGCUCGGGGCUGCGCGCCAGGAGAGUCCCUCUGCCCCCACCUUUCUUCUACGUUUACUUUUUUUUGGUUUGGUUUUAAAGUUCUUCUUGCCCUCCCUUUUUUCUCCUCCGCCCCGUCUACCCCCCACCCCCACCCCUUUUUGUUUUCUUUGGUAACGCGUUUUUAUAGUUUAUGUGACGUAGCAAUCUUGGUUGCUGGAAUGGCUGUCAGUAUCAGUAGCGAUGUUUAUCUCCUCCCACCCCUCGCUCGGCCGCGAGCCCUGCACCCUUUACCUUCUCUAUUCUUUGAACAGAAACAGGGUAUAUGAACAAAUUUUCUAGCCGAGUUCUUCAAUGUGAAUUUGUUCGUACAUUAUGGCUCCCGAGGGGAAGCAGAUACUUUUUUUUUUUUAAUUUUUAGUUUUUUUUUUUUUAAUUGCACUUCUUGUAAAGAGCGAGAAAAAAAUCAAAGGCGCUUUGAAACAGGGGCUCCCUGUGCAAGGAUGACUAAGUGUACGUCUUUCCGUGUGUGUAUGCUGGUGAACAGUCAGAUUUAUUUAUAUUUUUUUUGCAAGCAUUGAAUAAUCUAAGUUUUAAAUAUUAUUUAUCCCCAUCCGUUCGUAUUUAUAUUAAAGAAAUUCUGUACCCUGAUUGUUCAGAAGGUUUCUUGGGCCUUUUGUUCAAUAGUGUAUUGGCGUACAUAGAAAAAAAAAUUUUUAUUUGAAAGGAAAAUAUAAUUCCUUUAUAAAAACGGUAAUGAUGCAAUAAUACCAGAGAGGAUCCAGCUUUUGAAAACAGUGAUUUAGGAUUGUAACAUCCGGCGAAACUGAAAAAAAAAAAAAUCUGUAAACGUGAAAAAUGCUAGAUUUGUUUUGAGAGUUCUACAUUCCUUGCUGCUCACAUUCUGAGAAACUAAACAAAAAAUAAAUAAAUAAAGUUUUUAUUCUGAAUAA